AUGUUUUAUGGCAAGGAACAAGCAACGUUUUACAUAGUGAUAAUGUACGCUGUUAUGGUAAUCUUAGCAGUUGAAUUAGCACGUUGUAUUCUAAAAUUGUUAUACGAGAAAAAAAAACUUGAAAUAUCAAGGAAAGAAAUACCAGUACUUCUUGCGGAUAAAGAUACCCUCGGGGAGGAUACUGUUUAUAAAAGGACUAUUUCGACUCUACUACCGAGAAUGUCAAAGGAUGAUGACAAAUUCACUGAGCGACUCGACCGAAAAUAUAGCAAUACUUCGUUCGGUGAACUGCACAGCAUUUCAGCACCCAAAUUUGUAGUAUCAACUUUAAAGAGAACAGACAAAACACAAAGUGUACCGGACACGGAUACUUCUAAGAACUCUAGACUGAAGAUUACUAUAAGCAGUCGUAAUAAGCCAACCAGGGGCAGAUCAAUCAAUAAAUCCAAGAAAAAUGCAAAUAUGAAUCUAAAGCUCAAGCUACCAAUACCAUUAGAACAUACCCAAACAGAAAACGAUACAUAA